UGUUCUUGCUUUCUCUGUUUAUUUGUUUUGAGUGCAUAGAAAAAGUUAGUGGACUUUGUUAGCGAGUUUGCGCAGAGACAGAAGGUGGGGGGCCUUAGGCAUUGGUGUGAUUUAUAAAGGCAAAGUGAUUCAGAAGAGAAGAGAAGAGAAGGGAAGGGAAGAGAUUGAACAGUGACAGAAUGGCAGCAGCCAUUGGCAUUUGAAAUUCUAAGGCUUUUUUGAGAUUGGUCAUACUUGGCAACAGUAACACCCACCAACUUGUCAGGAACACUCACUCGCUUACUAAAUUCCCCAAAUCUAGCUACAUACCCUUCCAUAUCACAACCGACCAGUCCCUUUCCCUUUCUCUUUCCCUCUCCCUCAAUCCCCCUUCUUCACAUUCCUCAUUCAAUUCCCUCUUUCCUUUUUCCAUCAACCACCACACCACCACCAACAUAACUCUCCUCUUUCUUUUUUCCACCAAUUCUCUCUGUGCUAAAGGGAACAAACUGCCUACCUAGGCCCCCUUUUCUGUCUCUUCAAAACUCACUGCAUUAAUUUCUAUAUACCUUUUUUAUCAUAAGAAGAAGAAAGGUAGUAAAAAAGUUUUAUCUUAACUUAACCCCACCCUCUGCCUCUCUGCAUCUCUGUUUCUGCCUCCUUGCUUUUCACUUUUCAGAUUCUUUUUCUCUCCUCCAAAUUCUGGGCAGAGAAUUUAUAUCCCUGUCUGAGGUUUUAUCGGGAACCCCCUCCUUACGGAUACUGUCUUUUCUUUAACCCUUUUGCCCUCACUAUUCCUUUAUAGUUCAAACCACCUCUCCUCCAACCCCACCUCAACCUUUUCUUCCUAGGACACCACCCACUGCCCUUUUUCUCUUCACUUCUAUCUCACCACCCAAAAAUGGAUGAAUGCAAGAGGAGCGGGCAAAUACCUGCGUUCGGAAACUGGGAUUACGCAAACGAGUUGCCAAUCACCCAGUACUUCGAGACUGCCAGACAGGCCGGUUUGGUUCGUUACAGUUCCUCCUCCGGCGAAAGCGAUCCCUACGUGCGUCCCCAUCGCGAUCUCUACGCCGUCGAUUUCAAGAAACCUCUUCGGAAUAUGCCACCGUCCACCGUUAAAAAGGCGACGAGGAUCAAGGAAAGGAGGUGUGCGCAGGUUAUGGUGAUGGUUAAUGAUAAGGAAAAAGAGGGUGCGAAGGUGAACAUGAGAAAGCAAGGGAAAGUGUGCGACGUGACGGAACAGGCAAGGAAGCCGGGGAGAAAAGAAAUGCAUCUACACGACGUCGUUCCGCUUUCCCCGCCACCUCGUGCCGUUAGACUUCCGAAACCUGUGGAUGAAGAUCUCUACAAGAUCCCUCCAGAGCUCCUUCGCACAACCAAGCGCAAGAAAAUGCUGGGUUUCAUUUCCAAGUGUCUGGUUCCUGCUGCCUGCGCUUCAUGAGACUGCAACAUCUGUUUUACUCUGAAGCUAUGUUGGGCUGGUUUUUGCUGCUCCCCGACGCUAAUAUGACUGUCUAGGGAUUAAAAAAACAAGAACAAAAGUAUUUUUGUGACUAUGAGAAUGAAUGUAGUAAGUAAAGUAAUUGUGUCUUGGUUUAAUGAGUUGAUCUCCUUCUUCAUUUAUUCAUUUAGUCGGUGCCAGCAUUUAUUAUUGUCUUUGAAUUAAAUGAUCAUUUGUUGGUAUUGUGAGGUGGACCCUUAACACCA